CUACCUACGCUACGCUACCACAGGGCAAGGAACAAAAUCGGGCGUGCACAUGGAGUGAGUGAGGAUCGCCCAUUCCCAACGCCAACGUCUUCCUUCCUUUCCUCCACCACUCUCUCGUCUCUUCAGAGACCAGAGACCAGAGACCAGAGACCAGAGAGAGAGAGAGAGAGAGAGAGAGAGAGAGAGAGAGAGAGAGAGAGAGAGAGAGAGAGAGAGAGCGAGCGAGCGAGCUAGCUAGCUACUCCACCACUGCCGAGCGAUCGAGCCAGCCAUGGAUCCUCCUGGCCCGGGGAUACAGCUGGGCACGCUCUCCGGCAGCCGCCGCAGCAUGGGCUCCUCAUACGGCUCACGCCGCUCCGGGGGCACCGGCUCCAUCUCCCACUCCUUCCGCCAGCCUGCCGGCGCCGACGACCCCUUCGGCCGAGCCGCCUCGCAGCAGGGCCUCGAUGACGACGAGGAGAACCUCCGAUGGGCAGCCCUGGAGAAGCUGCCCACUUACGACCGCAUGCGCCGCGCCGUCCUCCUCAAUCACGCUGGAGCUGGAGGCGCCGACGGUCAUGAGCUCCAGGGGUUGGUGGACAUCGAGCAGCUGGCCAGCGGCGAGGCCGGGCGGGCUCUCUUGGAGAGGGUGUUCCAGGACGACAGCGAGCGCUUCCUCCGACGCCUCCGUGACCGGGUGGACCGGGUGGGCAUCGAUCUGCCGGCGAUCGAGGUGAGGUACCAGGGCUUGUCGGUGGAGGUGGACGCCUUCGUCGGCACCAGCGCCCUCCCCACGCUCUGGAACUCGGCCACAAACUUCCUACAGAGUCUUGUGGGACGCCUCGCUUCCUCCAACAAGAAGACCAUCAACAUACUCCGAAACGUCCACGGCAUCCUCAAACCAUCCAGGAUGACCCUUCUGCUUGGACCUCCAUCUUCAGGAAAGAGCACACUCAUGCGAGCCCUCACUGGCAAGCUCGACAAAACCCUCAAGGUAUCUGGCAGCAUCACCUACUGUAGUCAUACGUUCGAGGAGUUCUACCCCGAGAGGACCAGCGCGUAUGUUAGUCAGUACGAUCUCCACAAUGCAGAGAUGACUGUAAGAGAGACGCUCGAUUUCUCCAGGCGCUGCUUAGGUGUCGGUGCCAGGUAUGACAUGCUCGCUGAGCUCGCUGCCAGGGAGCGCGAAGCUGGCAUAAAGCCUGACCCCGAGAUCGAUGCUUACAUGAAAGCUACUGCCGUGCAAGGGCAACAGAGUAACAUCGUAACCGAUCUUACCCUCAAGGUGCUUGGGCUUGACAUUUGUGCCGAUAUGCCCAUUGGUGACGAGAUGAUCAGAGGAAUUUCUGGCGGGCAAAAGAAGCGUGUAACAACCGGGGAGAUGUUAACGGGACCUGCAAGGGCAUUGUUCAUGGAUGAAAUUUCCACUGGUUUGGACAGCUCUAGCACAUUUGAGAUUGUGAAAUACAUAAGACAGCUGGUCCAUGUGAUGAAUGAGACCGUGAUGAUCUCCCUCCUACAACCACCGCCAGAGACCUACAACCUGUUUGAUGACAUUAUUCUGCUGUCAGAAGGGUACAUAGUGUACCAUGGGCCACGCGACAACAUCUUGGACUUCUUUGAAGCUGCUGGUUUCCGGUGCCCUGAAAGGAAAGGGGUUGCCGACUUUCUUCAAGAGGUGACUUCCAAGAAAGACCAGCAGCAGUACUGGUACCUUGAGCAGCAGCAGUAUCGUCAUGUGUCUGUCCCAGAGUUUGCCCAACGUUUCAAGUCAUUCCACGUAGGGCAGCAGAUGCUCAAGGAGCUGCAAAUCCCUUUUGACAAGUCCAAAACUCAUCCUGCUGCGCUCACCACCAACAAGUAUGGGCAGUCCAGCUGGGAGUCAAUCAAGACCGUGCUGUCGAGAGAGCAGCUGCUGAUGAAGCGCAACUCCUUCAUCUACAUCUUCAAGGUUACCCAGCUGAUCAUCCUUGGGCUCAUGGCGAUGACUGUGUUCCUCAGAACAAAGAUGCCAUAUGGGCACAUCUCCGACGGCGGCAAAUUCUUUGGUGCUCUGACUUUCAGUUUGAUCACCGUCUUGUUCAAUGGGUUUGCUGAGCUACAACUGACGAUUAAAAUGCUUCCUACCUUCUACAAGCAAAGGGAUUUCCUCUUCUUUCCCCCGUGGACCUUUGCACUGGUAACAAUCAUCUUAAGAAUUCCUGUUUCGCUUAUGGAGUCUGCGGUAUGGGUCGUCCUCACCUACUAUGUCAUGGGCUUCGCACCUGCUCCAGCAAGGUUCUUUCGUCAGCUUUUAGCUUUCUUCGGUACUCACCAAAUGGCAAUGGCUUUGUUCCGAUUUCUUGGUGCUGUUUUGAAAUCAAUGGUUGUGGCCAACACCUUUGGCAUGUUUGUGAUCCUUCUUAUUUUUAUAUUUGGAGGAUUUGUCAUACCUAGAGGUGACAUCCGGCCAUGGUGGAUCUGGGCUUACUGGUCAUCUCCUAUGAUGUACAGUCAAAAUGCAAUAUCAGUCAAUGAAUUCCUUUCCAGUAGGUGGGCCAACACAAACACUGAAGCAUCUAUCGAAGCAUCAACAGUGGGCGAGGCUAUUCUUAAAUCCAAAGGCUUGUUUACUGGAGAUUGGGGAUUUUGGGUUUCCAUGGGAGCCAUCCUAGGGUUCACUAUUUUGUUCAACAUAUUGUACAUUCUGGCGCUUACGCACUUGAGCCCUCCCAGCGGCUCAAACACAGUUUCAGACCAAGAGAAUGAGAAUGAGACAAACACUUCAACACCGAUGGGUGAGUUCUUUCUUACGUAUCCGUCCGUAUUACAGUCAUUGUACCAUCUACUUUACGUAUUUAUGAUGCCACUUGAAGCCGCUAACAAUAAUGCUAAUCUGUCACUGUCUUCACUUACAAUAUCUCUAGGUACUAAUGAUGAAGCCACAAACCGAGCAACUCAGACACAAAUCACCUUGCCUUUCCAGCCUCUUGCACUAUCUUUCAACCAUGUAAACUAUUACGUGGACAUGCCUGCAGAAAUGAGAGAGCAAGGAUUCGCCGAAAGUCGUCUCCAGUUGCUCUCUGAUAUCAGUGGUGCUUUUAGGCCAGGUGUUCUGACAGCAUUAGUUGGUGUGAGUGGAGCUGGGAAAACCACUCUAAUGGAUGUCCUCGCAGGAAGGAAAACCAGUGGGUCUAUUGAAGGAAGCAUCACCCUGUCUGGUUACCCUAAAAAGCAAGAAACUUUUGCCCGCAUCAGUGGCUACUGUGAACAGACUGAUAUCCAUUCACCAAAUGUUACUGUAUAUGAAUCCAUUCUCUACUCUGCCUGGCUGCGUCUUUCCUCAGAUGUUGACGAAAAAACGAGAAAGUUGUUUGUGGAGGAAGUCAUGACUCUUGUGGAGCUUGAUGUGUUGCGUAAUGCUAUGGUUGGCCUCCCUGGAGUGGACGGGUUAUCGACCGAACAAAGAAAGAGACUGACAAUUGCCGUGGAGCUGGUAGCAAAUCCUUCAAUCAUAUUCAUGGAUGAGCCAACUUCUGGACUUGAUGCUAGAGCCGCAGCCAUUGUAAUGCGGGCAGUGAGAAAUACAGUCAACACUGGGCGAACUGUGGUUUGCACUAUCCAUCAACCCAGCAUUGAUAUAUUCGAGUCUUUUGAUGAGCUUCUGCUUAUGAAAAGAGGAGGACAAGUUAUUUAUGCUGGUGAACUUGGUCGCCACUCUUAUAAACUAGUUGAAUAUUUUGAGGCAAUUCCAGGUGUUGAAAAGAUCACACAAGGAUAUAAUCCCGCAACAUGGAUGCUGGAAGUUAGCUCCCCUUUAGCCGAGGCUCGCCUGAACGUAAACUUUGCUGAAAUUUAUGCUAAUUCUCAACUUUAUAGGAAAAACCAACAACUUAUUAAGGAAUUAAGCGUUCCUCCGCCAGGCUACGAGGAUCUCUCAUUCCCUACCAAGUAUUCUCAGAAUUUCUACAACCAAUGCAUUGCAAACUUCUGGAAGCAAUACAAAUCAUAUUGGAAGAAUCCGCCCCACAACGCCAUGCGCUUUCUCAUGACCAUGAUCAAUGGCCUUGUAUUUGGCACGGUGUUUUGGCAGAAAGGGACGAAAAUAGGCUCGCAACAAGAUCUGUUCAAUCUACUUGGAGCCACUUAUGCUGCUGUCUUCUUCCUUGGAGCCGCCAACUGCAUCACGGUUCAGCCUAUUGUGUCAAUCGAGCGAACAGUUUUCUACCGUGAAAAGGCGGCAGGGAUGUACUCUCCGUUAUCCUAUGCAUUCGCUCAGACAUGUGUGGAGGUGAUCUACAACAUCGUGCAGGGGAUUGAAUACACGGUGAUCAUCUAUGCGAUGAUUGGAUAUGAGUGGAAAGCGGCAAAGUUCUUCUAUUUCCUCUUCUUCAUAGUUUCAAGCUUCAACUACUUCACAUUGUUUGGCAUGAUGCUGGUGUCACUGACUCCCUCUUCCAUGCUCGCAAACAUACUGAUAUCCUUUGUACUCCCUCUCUGGAACCUGUUUGCUGGGUUCCUCGUCGUCAGACCGUUGAUACCGAUCUGGUGGAGGUGGUACUACUGGGCCAACCCUGUGUCGUGGACCAUCUACGGCGUGGUGGCGUCGCAGUUUGGCGACAACAAGAGUCCUCUCAAGGUCCCUGGCGGGAGCGACACGUUUGUGAAGGAGUUCUUGGAGGACAAUCUGGGCAUCAAGCACGAUUUCCUUGGGUAUGUGGUGCUGGCGCACUUUGCGUUCAUCAUCGCCUUCUUCUUUGUGUUUGGCUACUCCAUCAAGGUGUUGAACUUCCAGAAACGUUAGGCCUUCUUCUUUGUUUUAAUUUAUAUAUAUAGUGUUUGUGUGUAUAUGAAUGAAUGUAAUGUAUAGUAGAAAGAGUAGAGUUGACAAGGGAAAUUGUUGCAUAGAUAGGCCAGACCUGGUACGUAUAAAUUAGAGGAAUGAGACAAGAGGUGGUGGUGACAUGAUGCCUAUUUCUUGUUUUACCAUUGACAUUGAUAUAUUAAAUACGAAAAAGUUCAUUUUUGGUGCAA